GUUCGAUCAGACAAUGGAAUGGUUUCGCAAGAUAUGUUUUCCUGCCUGACAUUUACCACUCAAUUAGUUUAUCAAGUUCCCAAAGAAUGAGGCCGGCGGUGAAGAUAUUCCGACUACACAAUAAAACUGAUAACGUUCCGCAUGGCCCACGUUGAAAUUCCUGACAUCAUGGCCGAAACGGCUAGAAUCCCCUUGAGAACGGUUAGAGUCAGAGCUUUGUGUGCGUGUGUACGUGGGAAGCGUCGGCCCGAGCUAGUUGCAAAGCUAGAAAGCACAGUUUGUAUCAUGGGGUGCCACACGUGCUUGUCAUGCAAGGACAAGUUUGAGGCGUAUGAUGCAGAUGAGUACGCAUGGGAAGGGGAUCGUGACAGUGACGAAGACAGUGACAUGAACUGCGACUUCAUCGAAGGCAACUACGACACCUGCCCUCGAUGCCUAGAAAAAGAGAAGAAGGAGCGCAAGAAAGAGAAGUUGCUUGCCCAGCAGACGCAGGAGCUGAGGCAGCUGCGCACCCAUGUGGUCACUUUGAAGGCACAGUUCAAGAAGGCUCAUAACGCCUUGAAGUUGUGCCACUGCACUUGCUGCUCGACGCCCAAGCGCAAACGAGUGAGCAGGGCCGUGUGACUCGUUCUUUCACGCAUCGCUGUUCCAUGCAGACUGAAGACUGAGGGAGUGUGGGGGGAAUGCUAGCUGCUAGGUGUGUGCAGCAGGGGGCGAAGGAGGUUCAAAUCUGGACGCUCCACGCGUUUGAUUAGGGGCUCGAUAUGCCUCGAUCAUUGGCAUUCGGCUGGAAUGCAGCUGAAGCUAGGUGUGCUGUGCUAAAAA